AUGGAUAGACGUUUCCCUAAAGCUGACGUGAUAUGGUGGAACGCAACCUGCUACUACGUACGAUGUCCGUUUUGCGAAGCACUUCAUCGCCAUCGGGUCAACUCGUUGGAUUGGCAGGCAAACGAUCUCAGAAAAUCUCAUUGCGAAACAAGCGAGACAUAUUUUUGCUGCUUCCCCAUGAAUGAUAAAGGUGAGGUAGCCUAUGAAAUCAACAAGGAACGUGGUCGAUACGUCAAUAUCUGUAUUUCGGAUGACAGCAAUAUUGAGGACGAUGAUGAUGGCGAUAUUGAUCAGCUGGCAGCUGAUCUAGCUAAGGCUACUACCGCCGCAGCAGACGAUGAAGAAAUAUCUAUGAAUAUCCCGGAAGAUGCAAAGGAACUACCAUUCCAGCAGAAAAGGAUUACCCAGUCAAUUCGCGACUGUAUUGCUGGACACACUAGAGCGGUUCAAGAAUAUUUGGAGACAUCUGCUGAGGCUCGGCUGUUUGUUCGAGGGCGGUUCCCCUUCAACGGUAAAACAACCCUCAUCCGCGCAGCAGCUGAGAGUAUCCCGGAGAUGCUGUCGCUUCUCAUCGAACAUGGAGCGGAUGUGAAUGCUGUUGAUAAUGGCGGAAGGAGCGCUCUAAUGGAGGCAGCGCUCUUUGGGCGGGUUAACAAUGUAAAAGUACUCCUACAGCACGGCGCGGACACCAAUAUCCGGGAUGUCAAAAAUCGACUGGCAGUUUAUUUUGCGCAGGAGCAUGACGAACUUCAAGAGGAAAGAAACGAUCGUACUGAUGACUAUUUCGAGGACAGUCCCAAAGCGGCCCUUGAUCGCCGGGAAAUUGUUCGCCUUCUUAGCGCAGAGAGACGAAUGUCAAAGACCGCUUUUGGAGAACCACCCACUGUAUCGUUGUCUCAGUCCUAUAGUCGCACAUCUUCCAGUACGGAAGAGCCCAAGCCAAUCGGGAAGCAUCCAAUAUCAGGAGUUGGAGAGACAGUGGCGCGACUAGAAAGAGGCGGAAAAUUUCCGUCUGUUGCUGCUAUCAGCCGAGUGACAACAGUUCCUGGGCAACCCCUCAGUGUUGAGGGUCGCCAUUGGGCAGAUGAUGUCUUUUACAUUGCCAAAACAGUGGGUCAUCAUUUUCCUUCCCAUAUCCAUGAUGAGGAUAUUGUCUACCACGCAGAAAAGCAACUGAUAGCAUAUUUCAUUGAUCGCCAUGCUUUCCUUCCACGCGAUCUCUUGCCGGAUCCGAAUCUAAGAGAAGAAUAUGAGAGGACAGAAGAUGAAAUUGAAAGGUUCUAUUCAAGCACCGAGAUAGGACGGGAAGUGACUCAUCUCCGGAAAACCAAGCAGGACUUAAAGUACGAGCUCUUGUAUAAAUCGGAAGAACUUGUCAGAAAAGACGAUGAGAUUCAGGAACUGGAGGCAAAUCUCAGGGCCGUUGAAGCGAUACUCAACCGGGUGAUCGAUAGUCCUCGGGCGCGAUCAUUACAGGAGCUAGAAUGCAAACUGGAGAUACUAGAUACGCGACGAUGGAGACAUCGAGACCUGAUCAGGAUGGCUGAGGCACCACCGCUACCGGCUACAUUAACAAAAGCAGCCAUAUUGGUCAAUAAAGCUCCUUGUGAUGAUUGCAAAGCGUUUACGGACAAAGUUAACAAGUACUUUGGGUUAUCCAUACAAUUGUUUGCAGCAGUUUGA